CCGCUUUGCCAAUCGAAGCCUAAACUGAGAGGAGGAUUGUAGGGCUUUUGCUAGGGUUUUCCGAUUCCUCGAUCAUAGGGGGACACCGAUUCUUCGAUAUCUCUAGAACGGUAAACCCUCCCAGAUUCUUUGACUUCCGUCAGAUUGGAGCUGAUUCGAUGGCCUUCUCCUCGGCAUUUCGCCGCGUCUUCACGCCGUCGUCGAUUCUUCAGUCGCAGCUCGCUUCGAUUCGUUUGAGUUCAACUCUCACCACUCCAAAGCUCUUCAUCAGCGGCCUCUCAAGAUUGACAACAGAUGAGAAGCUCAGAGAAGCAUUUGCACCCUUUGGCCAGCUUCUUGAAGCAAAUGUUGUCGUAGAUAGAGCAUCAGGAAGGUCAAAAGGGUUUGGUUUUGUUGCAUAUGCGUCCAUAGAAGAAGCUGAGAAAGCAAAGAAAGAGAUGAAUGCCAAGUUUCUGGAUGGAUGGGUUAUUUUUGUUGACCCUGCAAAACCAAGGGAACCGAGACCUCCUCAGCAACCAGAGCCGCAGCCUUCUGAUGCAGGUUUCAGAGUAAACAAAACCAUUGGUUGGUGUGGUUGAUUGAUGCGAAGGAUUUCUUUCUUCUUUCCAUUUUUUAGUUUUACAACUAAUCAAGAGUUUCGUGUAAGGCAAUUUUUAAUAUUGUUCUUGGAGAAAUAUUUUUGGUUACCAUAUAUGUUAUCUUCUAUGCUAAAACCUAUUACAAGUUACCUGCGUAAUUGACCAGUUACCAUCCCUAGUUUUGUGGCAGCAA